CUCCCUCCUUCACUCUCCAUCCGCACAGCUCUCAUCCUCCCCCUCGCUCGCUGCACUCACCUUCACUCGCUCACUCGCCCACGCACCCCCGCCUACACAUCCUUGCAAUCCCGUGGAGAACGCGGUUGCACCAUGGGAAACGCCAUCACCAAAAACUACGAAGUGGGUGGCCAGAUUGCCAGUGCAGGACUAUGGAAGAUUCAUCGAGGCACCAAGCGCACCACUGGCCAAGAGGUCGCUGUUUUCAUCUUCGAAAAAAACAUUGUCGACAGCAUCUCCUCCCUCCGCAGACAAGUACCUUCGAAACGUGAUCAGGAACGCGUCUAUGAAUUUCUAAAGAAAGAGGCUAGUCAACUUGCCCGACUGCGGCAUCCCUGUAUGCUGGAGGUCGUCGAACCGGUGGAUGAAUCAAGGACAGCUAUCGCAUUUGCCACAGAGCCCAUUUUUGCGUCACUUUCAAAUCUACUUGGAAACUAUGAGAACCUGGCAUCGGUCUCGGAAGAUAUCCGCAAAUUCGAACUGGAUGAGCUGGAGAUUCAAAAAGGUCUACUGCAGCUCGGAAAAGGACUGCAGUUCUGUCACAAUGAUGCCAGGAUCGUUCAUGGAAAUCUCGUGCCGGACGCCAUUUUUGUUAAUGCGAAGGGAGACUGGAAGAUGGCAGGCUUCGGUUUCAGCACGUUUCUUUCGCGGGAUCCAAAUGUCCCAACACCUGUCGAAUACUGGGACUAUGAUCAUGAACUACAUCCUUACUGCCAACGAGAUCUCAAUUACCAGGCUCCGGAAUAUGUGCUAGACCAGAGACUGGACCCUUCCAACGACAUGUUCGGUAUCGGCUGUUUAGCAUAUUCUGUUCUCAACAAAGGAACACCUCUUUUCCAAACGCGAGGCAACUUGAAUUCUUAUCGCCAGCAAAUCGAGAGGAUCGGUCAGCAACAAUAUGAGAAGCUUCCCGCCCAUUUGGCCGAUGCCAUGACGCGCCUUAUUACCAGGGAACCCAGCAUGAGAAUGAAUGCCGUGGAGUUUCAGUCAAGCAAGUUUUUCGACAACAUCCUCGUGUCGACCAUGAAAUACAUGGAGAAUUUUGCGGAGAAGACAAGGGAUGACAAGGGCCAGUUCAUGAAGGGUUUGCUCCGAGUUUUGCCCCAGUUCCCGGAGCGUGUCCUUUAUAGGAAGAUUUUGCCAUGUCUUCUGGAUGAGCUUAAAGAUCAUGCUCUGCUGCCAUAUACACUACCGAACGUAUUCUAUAUCAUUCAAAAAAUGACACCCAAGGAGUUCGAAGAAAAGGUCCUACCUUCACUGAAACCUAUCUUCCUGGUCCGGGAGCCAAUGCAGAACCUUUUGACGCUUCUGGAAAAAAUCGAGCUACUGCAUGAAAAGGCCAGUGGAGCUGUCUUCAAGGAGGAUAUCAUGCCUCUUGUUUACUGCGCGCUGGAGCCCAAGAAUCCUCCAUCUGUUCAAGAAAAGGCCCUUAAGACCGUUCCCGGCAUCAUGGAGGCACUGGAUUACACGACCGUUAAGGCAUCCCUUUUCCCGCGAAUCUCAACUCUGUUCUCUCAAACGACCACCUUGUCUGUCAAAGUGAACACGCUGCUGUGCUUCCUUACCAUUAUGAAGAUCCUGGAUAAGUUCACGAUCACUGAGAAGCUGAUUCCUCUAUUGCGCAACAUUAAAACACGUGAAGUAAACGUUACGAUGGCCACUCUUCAAGUAUACCAGGAGAUGGGCAAAUACGUGGACAAGGAGAUUAUCGGAAACAGCAUUCUUCCGCACCUCUGGCACUUGGCGCUCGGCCCAAAUCUCAGGGCAGAUCAGUUUGAGAAAUUUAUGGCAACAAUCCAAGAGCUCUCGACCAAGGUUCAUCAACAGCAUCUGCGCCAUCUUCAGGAUUUGAAGAAACUGGAAGACCAGACAAAAAGCUUUUCCGCUAGUUCUGACCCAGCGACUGUGGCAAACGGUGCAGGCUCAACUAUGAAUGAUUUUGAAAAGCUGGUUCAAGGCGGAUCGGGACCAACUAUCGGCAAUAUGUCACCCAGUUCAAACCGCCAGUCUGCUUCAGAGAACCCAUUCAAGAUUGCAUCGGACAAUCCUUUCUCUCCUUCUAGCUCCAAGGAUUCGUCGCUGGACAUGUUUGGAGAUAUGGCUUCCUCACUCCCCUCAGCAACCUCUAGACCAAUGUCGUUUACGGCAGGUACGCCUGUCAUGAAGCCUGCGACGUCCAGCAUGUUUGGUGCCACGUCUGGGGAUUCUCCUGUCAUGGGUAACUUUGGCUCUCGACCCAUGACCCCAACCAACAACGCAACUUUCCAGCAGCAGAACCACAGCGGUUUUGGAUCGACAACCAGCAGCAUUGUUUCGACCCCUACUGGGGCUACGUCCUCGUUCUCUAUACCCCCGCUCAGCAAGCCGCUCUCGAACUCCUCGUCUGCACGGCUACCAUUCUCGCAGCCUCAGCAGAAGCCAGCUGGUGCUCCGCCAUUAUCACAUACUCUGGGUAACCUUUCUUCGGCAUCCUCGGCUUUUGGAGGUUUCCAAUCGGCAGCACCCAUGGCACCGACCAUUCAACCUAUGACAGGGGGCGCCACAGGUGGAUUUCAAAACCAAAACGGAGGCAGCAGCAUGAGUUUUGGUAUGGGUAUGACAUCUACACCCGUCUUUACACCCGUACGGCCGCCAUCAGGCAUGGGCAUGAUGCCUCUUUCACCCAUGAUGCCUUUACAGCCUACAAACACUGGUGGUGCCAGCAAGCUUGGACAGAACACUUCGCAGCACAAGGGCAAGAAUACGGACCUGGGUAUGUUCGACCCAUUUUCAUAAAAAAUGACGUAUCUUUGCAUUCCUUGGAGACAUUGAAAUAAACGCCAUUCGCAUUGCUGCCGGUUGUUGCUGAGAAAAAAGCACGCAUGGUUUGUGACCAAGAAUGAACGAAGACUACCCCUUCCCUCGCGUUGUGUU